AUGUCUUCCUCAACCUCUACUACUAUCGAUUAUGCCAAUCUAGCUACACCCCCCAAAGCCGUUGCGGAUUUCUGUUUGAUUCCUAUCGGUACCCCUACAGCCUCAGUAUCAAAUGAAGUUGCUGCUGUUCAGCGAUUGAUGAAAGCUAGCGGGUUAAAUUAUAGUAUGCAUUCGGCGGGGACUACUGUUGAAGGCUCCUGGGAUCAAGUAAUGCGCCUCAUAGGACAAGCGCACACCCUCGUACAUGAAAAUGGAGUUUUGCGCGUGCAGACCGAUAUUCGGGCUGGGACACGGACGGAUAAAAAUCAACCUUUCGCAGAGAAAGUGAAGAAGGUGGAGAGUAUACUUGCAGGGGAUAGAGAGGAGGGAAAGAACUGA